AAAUCCGUUUAGCCGCAUGUCGACUGUGAACUGUCGUACCUCUGCCCCUGAUGUUCGGCGUGAGAAACCCGUUCGGCCUCUCCGUACGGCACUCUAGCUGAAGACUAAACAUGCCGGCUAAAGGUCCUCUGCAAUCUGUCCAAGUUUUUGGACGCAAAAAAACCGCCACAGCAGUUGCUCACUGCAAGAGGGGAAAUGGCCUUAUCAAGGUGAACGGCAGACCCCUGGAGAUGAUUGAGCCAGCCACUCUCCAGUACAAGCUUCAAGAGCCAGUGCUGUUGCUGGGUAAGGAGCGUUUUGCUGGGGUUGACAUCAGAGUCCGGGUGAAGGGUGGUGGACACGUCGCCCAGAUCUACGCUAUCCGUCAGUCCAUCUCCAAAGCCCUGGUCGCUUACUAUCAGAAGUAUGUGGACGAGGCCUCCAAGAAGGAGAUCAAGGACAUCCUGAUUCAGUACGACAGGACCCUGCUGGUUGCCGAUCCUCGUCGCUGCGAGUCCAAGAAGUUCGGUGGACCUGGAGCCCGUGCCCGUUACCAGAAGUCCUACCGUUAAUCUCUCUGUACAUUUUCAUAUAAUAAAAUUGAGGGACAAAA